AUGGACCGCAUAAAGAAUUCAGAUCAAGAUCGUUUAACUAAGAAAUGGACUGCACCAGUAAAGAAUUCAGAUCAAGAUUGUGAAGGCGCAAAAAUCGGGUAUCUGCAAGUAAAGCAGAUUAAUUUACUUACUGGGAGUGGCUCUACAUACAAUGACAAUCGCAUAGCUUCAGGAAAACGUUGUCGAGAUGCAAAUGGCGAAGAAACUAAUACAAAAGAGCGGAAUUUAACAAAUGCUGAUGGUCCUAAUGAUAAGAUAGUGUCUCAAGAAUGCUCAGAUAACAAAGGAAAUAAUAUUUACAAUAAUGACGAUCCUGAUGAAAUAAUAGAAUUUAAAUAUAAUGAACUAGAAGAAUUAGAACAGCAAAUAAUGUCCAGUUCAUUAAGCGAGAUAUACAGCA